AUGAGCCGAGGAGCCUUAGUUGUCGUUGAAGGCCUUGACAGAGCCGGUAAAACCACGCAAUGUGACAGACUGGUUGCACGCCUUUCCACCUCUACCACCACCAAACUCCGCAAGUUCCCAGACCGUACAACACCCAUCGGCAUCAUGAUUGACUCCUACCUCCGCUCAAACUCAGACCUCGACGACAACGCAAUCCACCUCCUCUUUUCCGCAAACAGAUGGGAAGCAAGCAGUGCAAUUAAAGCUGAACUGGAGAACGGUACAACCUUGGUGGUGGAUAGGUAUAUCUACAGUGGGAUUGCGUUCUCGAGGGCAAAGGGGUUGGAUGCGGCCUGGUGUCGGAAUCCGGAUGUUGGGUUGCCAAGGCCCGAUGUUGUUAUCUUUCUGGAUAUCUCAGAGGAAGCUACGGCUGGACGGGGCGGGUAUGGAGAGGAGAGGUAUGAGAAGAAGGAGAUGCAGCGGAAGGUGCGCCAGGCAUUUAAGGAGUUGAGACAGGAUGAGCGCGAUGCUGAGGACUGGGUUGUUGUGGAUGCGGGACAAUCAGUGGAGGAGGUUGAAGAAGACAUUUGGCGGGCAGCGCAGAAGGGAAUUGAGAGAGCAAAGACCGAAGACCUCCGGACAAUUCUCUAA